CUGAUCUCUCUCCUUGAGCUGAUGUCCUCAAGGUGGAAAGGUCCAUGCGCAAGAUCUUCCGAGAGCUCGCCACCACCCCAAACUCAUGGCGUGUCCUGCCAAACUCUCAAUAGCGGUCUGGAGGUAAACGUCGACCACAAUCUCACGAGAAAAUGUUCAGUCAGGGAUCAGCAGUCCAGACCGAGUACAGCAGCGACCGAGACGCAAAACUCCCACACCGACCGAACCGACCAUACUCCUCCCUCGACCCUCGUGAUGAUGUCUCCGCCCCUCUAACACUACCAGCGAAUGAGAAACGCCGCCGACAAGUCUCCUGCUGCCAACCUCCAAUCGUCUUCCAACGCUCUCCGCGCCCAGCUACAGAGGAUCAACCUCUGGCGCCUAGAGGCUCGAUUUACCGUCCAACUGCAGAGCGCAGCUGGAGAUCGACUCUCCAAAUACGAAGCCUGGGCGGCUGUGGGCAUCACCCCGACGCUGGCAAGAAGAACGGCAGCAUCCUGUCGAGUGCGAACGCGGUGAGGGUGGAGCACGCGGCAACGUCAAAUAGCCUUCACUCACAUUGA